UGCUCGCUGUAUACAUGUCAAAGACACCAAGCCCGCCGCUAGGACUGCGGUGAGUACCACUAGGUUAUCGGCCGCCACGCAUCAUCAGUAUGACUGGAUCCAGCGCUGCCUCCAACCAUCAGAACCGCACUCGGAGACACGCAUUCCUCCCCGAAGACCCUCCAGCCCCCCUGCUAGCACUCAAUCGUCAUGCUGUGAUUGGCCAGUCACGCGAACGGCCUGGUCUGGGGCAGCGAUAAUCGGCAUGGUCCAAGCUCCCGUGCUCGAAAUUCUGGGUGUGGUCAAGAUCUCACCAGCGAGUUUAAAAGCUGUCAUCCCCGCUUGACAAUUCCAAUUCCUCAAGAUACCCCUUUCACACACACAUUCACAAUGGCUUCAAGACCUGUUUCCCGCGCUCUGCGCCAAACCGCCCGCCAAUUGGCUGCUACUCCCGCUCAGAAGCGCACUUUCGUGUCUGCUCUGAAUGCUGGUGCCAAGAAGGCUGCUCCCCGCGCGGCUGUUACAAGCCAGUUCCAGCAGACUCGUGGUAUCAAGACCAUUGACUUCGCUGGUACCAAGGAGACUGUCUACGAGCGUGAUGACUGGCCAAAGGAGAAGCUCCUUGAGUACUUCAAGAACGACACCAUGGCCAUGAUUGGCUACGGCUCCCAAGGUCACGGCCAGGGUCUCAACAUGCGCGACAAUGGCCUCAACGUCAUCGUCGGUGUACGGAAGAACGGUGCUUCAUGGAAGGAGGCUGAGGCGGAUGGCUGGGUUCCCGGCAAGAACCUGUUCGACAUCGACGAGGCCAUUGCCAAGUCGACCAUUGUCAUGAACCUUCUCUCCGACGCCGCUCAGUCCGAGACCUGGCCCGCUAUCAAGCCCCAGCUCAAGGGCAAGACUCUCUACUUCUCCCACGGCUUCUCCCCCGUCUUCAAGGACCUUACCAAGGUCGAAGUCCCCACCGACAUUGACGUCAUCCUCGUCGCUCCCAAGGGUUCCGGCCGUACUGUCCGCACCCUCUUCCGUGAGGGCCGUGGUAUCAACUCAUCCAUCGCCGUCUUCCAAGAUGUCACCGGCAAGGCCAAGGAGAAGGCUGUCGCCCUCGGUGUUGCCGUCGGUUCCGGAUACAUGUACGAGACCACCUUCGAGAAGGAGGUCUACUCCGACCUGUACGGUGAGCGUGGCUGCCUGAUGGGUGGUAUCCACGGCAUGUUCCUCGCCCAAUACGAAGUCCUCCGUGAGCGCGGCCACAGCCCCUCUGAGGCUUUCAACGAGACUGUUGAGGAGGCUACACAGUCUUUGUACCCCUUGAUCGGCGCCAACGGCAUGGACUACAUGUACGCCGCCUGCUCCACCACCGCCCGCCGUGGUGCCCUCGACUGGAGCCCACGCUUCAAGGCCGCCCUUAAGCCCGUCUUCAACGACCUCUACACUGCUGUUGCCGACGGUAGCGAGACCAAGCGUAGCUUGGAGUACAACUCGCAGCCCGACUACCGUCAGAAGUACGACGCGGAGCUUAAGGAGAUUGACGAGUUGGAGAUCUGGAGGGCCGGAAAGGCUGUUCGCUCCCUCAGGCCCGAGAACGCCAAGUAGAUGCGUCUCGGCAUGCGAGGUUGAGCUUGGAUAGUCAAAGACAAAAGAUGUGUAGAUAGUGUCAUGUUUACGAUUACGGAUGUACUCUGGC